GGAAGAUGGCAGCAGUAGUGAGGUGGUGGCGGGCUGGGCCCCUGGGGCUGCUCGUGCUGCUGGUGCUGCGCGGGGCGCGCGCCGAGCAGACUGAGGAGCACCUGAAACGGGAGCACUCGCUCACCAAGCCCUACCAGGGUGUUGGAUCUUCCAGCUCCUCUCUCUGGGAUCUUAUGGGCAAUGCCAUGGUCACGACUCAGUACGUCCGCCUCACACCAGACAUGCAGAGCAAACAGGGGGCCGUGUGGAACAGAGUGCCUUGUUACCUCAGAGACUGGGAGAUGCAGGUCCAUUUUAAAAUCCACGGGCAAGGCAAGAAGAACCUGAAUGGGGACGGCUUUGCCAUCUGGUACACCAAGGAUCGCAUGCAGCCAGGGCCCGUGUUUGGGAGCAAGGAUCACUUUCUGGGGCUGGGGGUGUUUGUAGACACCUACCCCAAUGAGGAGAAGCAGCAGGAGGCUCAGAAGAGGCGGUAUGCCCCUGGAAAUCAGCGCGUGUUCCCCUACAUCUCUGCCAUGGUGAACAAUGGCUCUCUCACCUACGACCAUGACCGGGACGGACGGCCCACUGAGCUCGGCGGCUGCACGGCCAUGGUGCGCAACCUGAACCACGACACCUUCCUGGUGAUCCGCUAUGUCAAAAGGAGGCUGACGAUCAUGAUUGACAUUGAUGGCAAGCACGAGUGGCGGGACUGUAUUGACAUGCCGGGGGUCCACCUGCCACGGGGAUACUUCUUUGGGACCUCUUCAGUCACUGGAGACCUCUCAGAUAACCACGACAUCAUUUCCCUGAAACUCUACCAGCUGACGGUUGAGCGGAGCCCAGAGGAGGAGAAGCGGGAUAAAGAGGUGUUUCUGCCCGUUGUGGACAACAUGAAACUGCCCGGAGUGGAGGCCCCGCUGGAACCCAUGAGCGGCCUGGCCCUGUUCUUAAUUGUGUUCUUCUCGCUGGUCGCCCUGGUGUUUGCCAUCGUCAUCGGAGUCAUUGUCUACAACAAAUGGCAGGAACAGAGCCGGAAACGCUUCUACUGACCUUGACGCCUGCCCUGCCCCUUCCCUCGGCAGCCCAGCCGCUCUGCUGGAGUGGGCUGGCACAGGUGCCAGAGGCUAGCUGAAGAGAAGCCCUUGCCUGCUCAGCUCAGACUUUCAAGAGCCCCUUCAGAUGGCUGCUACUUUGCUGGCCCCCAUGGGGACCGCUGCUGUGUCUCUUCGAGCUCUGGGGUUCCCAGCGGGAGCGGACGUCCUGGAUCACAUGGGGAGCACACUUUGUGUGACACGUAGUGCAUCAGGGAGACCUAACCCCCCCGACUCUGGAGGUUGGUGCAGUGACAGAUGGGCCGUCCCCCAGCAGCUCUUGCUUUGCAAGGUGUUUAGAGGACGCUUGGGGCGGGUGGAGCUGAAUGUUGUAUUGUUUCCGUGUUGGUGAGCCUUACAUGUGCUAUCUGGGGAUGUCCCACAGCCUAGCUAGGAGGCCAGGCACUGAAGACUGUAAAAUCCUAGAAAAGCCCC